AUGAAGGAAGAUUCCGAAGUGCAACCAAUCUUAUCUCAAUAUUCCGAACUAUAUGCUUCUGCCCCGGUGGCAAACUCGUCUCAACUGGCACAGCCUACAAGAACAAAAGUUAGAUUCAUGUUUAGGAAGCCGAAUCCCAGACCCUGGAAUCUAAUCAAAUAUGGUGAUGGCGUUUUUGUGUUUGAAGCAAAUGCUACAAUUCAGCAGGCUGCAGAGCACGCUGCUUUAAAUUAUUCACAAUCAAAUGCUGUUCCAACAUUCAGUAAUGUAUGGGGAUUCUUUAAAGAAGCGGGUCAAACGUUCCAAAUCGUAGUAAUUAAUUCUAAUGCCACCGUCCAUUCCAUUUUCAGAGAAGAAGAUGUCUUGAUAGUGAGCAACGUGCCCAAUAUCAGAGAUCUUCUACGCAAGGAAUACACCAUUCAGGUUUUAUUGUUUGUAAGUUUCUUUGUGGCAUUUCUCAUCUUGGUGAUUGUCACAGUCAAUUACGGGCGACAUCUCAGUAGCACAUUUUGA